AUGGAAUUGGAAAGAUGCCUAGGCAGGAAUGCUACAUCAAAUGGUGGCCACCUCCAGAGGAUUCUGUGUAGGGAUGCCCCGCUGCCUACUAAUUCCCCCCGCCCCGCCCCGCUAGGAGGAAUUAUCAGAGAUGAGGCGGGUCAUUGGCUAGGAGGCUUCUCAGUGGGGCUAGGGACCGCUAGCAAUAUUCUAGCAGAGUUAUGGGCAAUCCUCAGAGGCCUACAGCUAGCCUGGGAGAAAGGAUACAGGAAAGUGAUUAUUGAAUCAGACUCCAAAGCAGGGAUGGGCUUGAUUGAGGUAGAUAGAGCAUGGGUUGGCUGGCUGCUACUGAUGUUGAAGAAUGUCCACAUGGAGGAGACUCACAUAAUAUGUUAUGAGACGCAGAAAUGGGGUUUACUGUCUAAAUAUGCAAAAAGGUUUAUCAAGGCUGGAGGAGUGAACCUGCGACAGGCUACCAUUGACAUGUGGAUGGAAUUUGCAGCUAAAAGAGGAGAUGUUGAUUCUCUAUGGAAAGUUGAGAAACUGAGAUCAGAAUCAAAGAAGCAGCAUACUCUUGCAAGCGGGUUUUCUUGUGCUAAGGGUUUUCUGCUUGAGAGCAAGCCUGAGAGUGCUGCUGCUGUCAUUGAAGAACUCAAUCAGAGUUUAUCUGAUGGAAAAAGGCAAGGCAUGCUAAGUCAACUUCAAAAGUUAGUUAGUGAGUGGCCUUUGGAGGUUAUGGAGCACCAAAAGAAGGAACACAAAAAGGAUGUCGCUGCUGCACUACAGAAAAGUAUUCCUGCCAUGAUUGUCAGUUUAUCAAGCAUCGGUGCAGAAGUAAAUGUAAAUCUUGAUGACUUGACCACAAAAGCAGGCAUUUUGAGUUGAAUAUUGAGGUCAAUGGUGUUCAAAUUGCAUGUGAAGUUGCCUGUUGCUCAAGAAGUGCUUGGUUUUCAUCAUGAACAGCAGUUGUAUUACUUCAUGCUUCCAAAGAAUCACAUCUGCGUACCUGGCCGUUGAACAGAUGUUACACGAGUAGGUGCUCAAUGGUGAAGCGUACUACUGAUCUUUGACUGCUUUUAGCAGACUUCCAAACUGCGUGCAAUUUUGCUUUCUCCAUACGCAACUGGUUUGAUAGUUAUGCAUGAAGUUAAUGUAACUGUUCAUCUUCUUGCUUUGGCGCCCUCCAGCCGGGCGGGGAAAUGUUAAGCAAGUGUAGUUUGCUCAGUUGAGAAACAUGCAGAAACUUGAAUACCCUGAUAGUUGAUUAGAGAAAGGAAGAGGAUUUGCCGUUUGCUCUACUGUUAACAACUGGUACUUGAGAUAGGAUAAAG